GGUGCCAAUAUAGGGCUUAUUUUAGGAAUUGCAAUUUCAACGUGGAUUGGAUUUAGUGCUGUCGCUUACUCACCUCCACAAAACCCCCUACCUGUUUCUGUAAGAGGCUGCAUGGCUGACAAUUCAUCCGAAUUAUUUUAUUUUUCAAGCAAUGCAGAACAAAGUACGAGCAAUUUUAGUUCCACAGUCCCUUCCCUUAUUUCCGAACAUCACUCUCAUCUCGAAGUGGAUUAUGAUGGUUCUAAAGAUAUAUUCCCGCUCUAUAGAAUUUCCUUCAUGUGGCUGAUAGCAAUAGGUUUUUUCAUUGCUUACGUAGUUGGAUACUUUUCAAGUAUUAUUUUAAACUUAAUUAAAGGUAAAACGGAACAAGUUGCUCCAGAACUUAUCAGUCCUCUCGUGAAAUAUUUCUACUUUGAAAAGCCUCAAAAAGCAGCCCAUGUAUCGGACGCUAUUAAGAGCAAAAAUGAAUUGAGCGAAAUGGAGGUGAUUAGACGAAAUAGUAAUUUCAUAUGAAUGACUUCUAUUGAUGUCAGUUUCAAUUGUGAUUGAAUUACAUAAGAGUAUUGCAUAGAACUGUGCAAAGUGAGCGUAAGAAAAAACUGUAAAAUAAUUUCCUUGCAUACUUUCUGCAGAUGUAAUUUAGAGUGUUGUAUAUAAAAGAAUAUUUUUCUUAAAA